CAAAUCCACACCAGGAUGUCCGGAGCCUAUUUCCACCGUGGCAUCACCAGGCUAAGGGCUGAGGAGCUACUGCUUGGGGCAAAGGAGGAUGGAAGCUUCCUUGUUCGGGAUAGCGAAACCCUUACAGGAGCUUUUGUACUCUGUUUACUGUACCAGUCUAGGGUACACCAGUACAGAGUGUUACCUGGAGCCGAUGGAAAGCUCUCAGUCCAAGCUGAAGGUGGUAAUGUUGAACCUAAAUACAACAAUUUAAAUGAGCUAAUCGCUGAUUACAUCAAAAAGGGAGAGAAAAAUGGUCUCAUCUUCGCCAUGAAAGUCCCAGUAUCUCCAGAGAGAGGUGAUGACCAGGAUACAGAUGAGGAAGACUUCGAGGAUAUUUGCCAGUUGCAGCAGCAGCAACAACAUCAAGUGAAACUGCCAUCAUAUGUAAAUAUUUCUCUGGCAGGAGACACCAAUUCAGUUAAGGUCAACGGACCAACACAUCGUUUACAGAUGGAGCUGCUGAAAAACUUCUCCCGUCUCAACCUCACAGACUGUGAUACAGAGUUCAAUGAUGUACUGAAGUCAUACAUCGACAAAGGCCUUGAUACUGAUGUCACUGCAAGCCAGGCAGGGGAGACAAUCCUACCUGAAUAUCAGAGCAUUAUAGAGGGCGCUGCUAGAGGUUUGAAGAGAGAAUUAGAAAGUUUUAUGAAAAAAAUGACAAUUAUUGAUGACUUACUGGACAUUCCAAAUGUUUGUGGUGGGAUGCAGCAGAUGUCAGACAGGGAUAAGAAACAUGGCUCAGGUAUACCAGCUAUGUUGGAACUUAUGACUAAUUGUCUGUCAGAUGUCAUGACACUGGAAAGUAAGGUUCAUGAUACCGUGCGUUACUAUGCUGUGUCUCAUUACGACUAUGUUGAAGCGGAAGCAGAAGACAAGGGUGUACCUGAUGACCUUACACCUUUCUUAUCCUCCAUUGGAAAACCAGUCAUUCCACGAAUUGAAUUUGAGGUGAAGACUCCUACAUAUAGACAGACAGAUAAAAUCACCACCAAAAUGACUCUAACAAUAGACAUUCCAGCUGGUAAAAUGUUUGCCGUCAAACCCUCCAAGGAUAUCCUCGACUCCAACAGCCUCAUCACACAUGACAGAAUUGUACAGUUGGUGAAAAGUUCAUCAGACAACUGUCGUCUGGAUCUAAUCUAUGACACAAAAAAGAAGAUGACCUACAUUUUCAACAGUGCGCUGGUCCGUGAAAACUUUUGUCAUCAAAUCUUACAGAUGAAAAAUAUGCAUUCCAAGGAUGUGGAUGUGGACCAGAUUUCCAUCUUUAUCGGAACAUGGAAUAUGGGGGACAGCCAGCCAUUAAGUGGGAUUGCUCCAUGGCUACGAUGUAAAGGCUGUAGUAAAGUCAAAGAUCCUCAGGUCGUUGGUGUGAUUCCCCAUGAUCUAUAUGUUAUUGGCACACAGGAAAGUGCACAAACAGAAAAAGACUGGGUCAAUUUCCUGAAGAAGAAUAUCAAAAACAACUUCAUGUUGGAAGUAGAAGUGGUGGAAGUGUGUACAUUGUGGGGUAUACGACUUGUGAUACUUUUGAAGAAGGAACUAAUGCACAACAUUAACCGAGUUCAAAGGUCAACUGUAAGGACAGGGAUUGCAAAUGCUCUAGGAAACAAAGGAGGUGUUGGUAUCUCCUUUUACUUCAGGGGGACCUCUUUCUGCUUUGUCAACACUCACCUGACGUCAGGGGAUGAGCGCAAUGUCAGACGUAACCAGAAUUUUAAGGACAUCAUCAAGGGACUCUCACUUGGUCAGAAACAUCUCGGUCUUACAGACAUCACAAACCAAUUUCAUCAUCUCUUCUGGUUCGGUGACCUCAAUUAUCGCGUUGAGGAGGACGUACAGGUGCUGUUACGCAAACUUGAAGAAAAUGAUAUAAAGAGCUUACUAGCCAAGGACCAACUACGCAGAUCUCAAAAAGAGCACAAGGGAUUCAAUGGCUUUCAGGAGGCAGAAAUUUCCUUCAAACCAACCUACAGGCUCCCAAGGAGUGAGAGGAAAUGGAGUUACGACUGGAAAAAAGUCAAGAAGACUGGGAUAAGGAUAAACACGCCCUCUUGGUGUGAUCGAGUGUUAUGGAGGUCCUACCCAGGAACAUACAUACAGAACCUUGCAUAUGGUUGUGCAGAUAGUGUCCUUGGGAGUGACCAUCGUCCAGUUUUUGCUUCAUUUAACACUGGGAUUGCCUCUGACUUUGUGAUGAAUCGAGACUCCUUGGCAGAAGAAUCUCCCACUAAAAUCGUAUUCCAGCAGAUUGAGGCUGAGUUGAUCACUUACUGUCGACAAACCUUUCAGUUAGAAUUCCAGUCCACCUGUCUUCCAGAAGUUGUUACAAGUAAACCUAACAGCCGAUUCAAGGACUGUGCACAGGGUUUCACCUGUCCUUUCUGGUGUAAACAGGAAAUACCGACGAUGAAACCUCUGUUUGGAGAUGAAGACUUUCUUAAGGAACAACAUAUUUUGAUAUCCGUACGGUCGAAAUGUGGGGACAAUGAAUCCUAUGGUGAAUGUGUUGUUGAGAUGAAAGGAAAAUUUGACCUCAUGCCUCAAGUUUUUGAGUUUGAACUGUUGCACCAAGGGGAGGUUACUGGAAGUCUUAGGGGUCAGCUCCAGGUUUUGACAGGUCCUCUGGCUGUGAGACACAAGAAUUCAAAGAGGAGUUAUGAGCUCAUCGCUCUAGACACAGAGUACCAUGACCCCGACCUUUGGCACCCAGAAUCGCCAAAGUUUGAACGACGGGAUCACCCGUCAGGACCACUGCCUUGUUUUGAUACAGAAGUUCCUGUUUAUGAGGUGAUUGACUCCGACCCUGCAGCAUGUGGAAGACAACAAAAAGGAAACAUGCCUAAAAGUCCAGCUGAACGUCCCCCAGCACUCCUUCCACGUAGUGCCACUGAUGAUACUCCGAAUUCACGGUCCAAGACACAGCCAUACAUGGGACAGGCAAGUCUGCAGACUAGACAAGUAUUACCAGCCAGCUCAGCACUUAUGGGGUCAGAGGUCACCUCACACACAAGACCCCCUGACAUACCACCGCCACCCUUACCCAAGAAAAGUGGUGCAAUAUCAUUCCAGGACCAUGCCAUGAGGUACGACACACUAAAGAGACCCUCGAGUGUGACAGACUGGCUACUUGGUCUUAGCCUCCCAGAGUACAUCGAGAGAUUCAUAAAAAACGGAUUUGAUGCUAUGCAUUUUGUGACUAAUAUAAGUUGUGAUGAUCUCAUCGAAAUAGGAAUUGACAACCCUGUGCAUCAAAGCCGUAUCAUAAGCAGUCUUCGGGACAUGAAGUGA